CGGCAAGUUGCGCGAACGGCCUUGCUUCAAAAUAAAAGACAAGCACAAAUAAAAGCGAGUAAUGUGAAGAACUAGCGUUUAAUUUAAACUCGAGUUCUAGCAAAAUAUUGUCUAAUUAGAUAGGAAGCGCGUGAAUUUAUUUAACAGCCACGUGAUAAUUCAAUCAAAUCACGAAGCGCACCUCCUCGAGUGUUGUGAAGUGCAAAAAGCAAAUGAAUAAAAAUAAUAAAUGCAUAAAGAAUAGCAAUAACAAGUUCCACAGCAACACGAAAACAUAACGGCAAGUGCAUAAAAUCAAAAAAGAAAAAAAAACGUGCAAAACGUGUCUACUGAGUGGCAGCAGUAAUUAAAAAAAAGGAAAUCAAAUACAUAUGUUCAAAAGUUCAAAUCAAAUCUUCAAUGUUUUGUGUUUAGUGUUAAAGUAAAUAACAUUACGACAACAAUAUUUAAAUAUUCCGUUUCAUUGUAUUUAUGUAAAAAUCAAUUUGUUUGCUACAUGUUUUUGAAUCGUUUUCUUCGCCUGACCGCCGCCCAACAACAAUAAAAACAACAACUACAAACGUAUUAAAAACCAUAACAACAACAACAACAACAGCAAGAGAAACGGCAAUAAUUGAAGACAUUAAACAAAAUUCGCGUACAAAUUUUGAGUAGUUUUAUACAUACAUAUAUGAGGAAACGCAAUCACCAGCUCGUGUGCUGCCAAGUGCAACAGAAGUAGCAACAACAGCAACAGCAGCAACAAAAACAACUAAACCAACAACAAUAUGACGGAGCAUCACACAGAUAGUCUGAAUGAUGACAAGCUGGUGGCGAGCAGCAAAAAGCCGCAUGACGCAGGCGGCGGACUGGGAGUAGGAGUAGGAGUAGGAGUGGGAGUGGGUGUUGCAACCAAGGCCAUGGCUACGCCCAAGGUCAAUAGCAAACGUCAGCAGCAGACGACGUCAGUGGUGGACAGCGGGGAGGAGGGCUUUCUCUCCACUUCACCCGACAGCGCCAAUGGCGAUGUUCAACAUCAGGCCCCAGCUGCCGAGCAAAUGUUGCUCGGCAACGGCAACCACCACCACCAUCACAACAACAACAAUAACUGCAACGGCACGAGUAACAGCAACAACAACAACAACAUCAACUGCCUACAAUUGAACAGCGAACGAGUGCAGGAAGUCUUCUAUCAAUGCGCCUGUGCUGAACAGUGUGUAACCAUCAAGAACAUUGUCGACUCCUUCAAGGCGCCCCUAUCCGAGGAUCAGGCCUGGGCGCUCAUCUAUCAAUUCACCAGCCUCUACUACAAGGUGGCCACCCGAGCGGACAGCGGCGACUUUGAGCUGCCGGAACAUUUUGAGCUCCUCGUGCAUCGCGAUGGCAGCGUCCACUUCUCUAACGGCGCCAGCCCCAACUCCAAAGAGGAGCAGGGAAAGAGAAACAAGGUGCAGGAGCUGAAGCAACACGACGACAGCGCCAGCAGCAGUGGCGACAGCAGCGGUAUCGGACGAGCCUUUGACAAUCACACACCGCUCUUGGUCUCACAUAGAAAGGUUAUGAGCGAAUUGGCCGUGACGGUCUAUGCCGCAUUGGAUUAUAAUUUACCAGCCGACGAACAAUGCCUGAUCUCGCAGGAACUUGUAGAUCUAUUUGACUUCAUGAUGGCAGAUGAGAACGACGAUGACUGCAUUGACGAGGGCAUUGACGAGGGCGAUAAACGCUGGGACGAUGAAGCGGAGGAGGAACGCAACGAUACCAAAGAAUUAGAGCACAUUAUCGAGACCUGCACCAAUCACAUUAAACCCACGCAACCAGAGACUCAUUACAAAGCCGUUUGCCGUGCUUUGGUAACGGAAACAAUUGAAUUGCGUAUAUUUCUGCAACAAGUUUUAAACAAUGGCGCUGAGAAACUAAUCAAAGCAUCAGAAUCAUCUCAAGCCACACAGCAAGAACUGGCGAAGCUGGGCUUCAACGACUGGGCACGCUUCUGGGUGCAAGUUAUCGAUGAGCUGCGGCGCGGCGUGCGCUUGAAGAAAAGCAAUUAUGAGCGCACACCCAUCGAAUACGAACUGACACCCUACGAGAUACUCAUGGAGGACAUACGCUCCAAAAAAUACCAAUUGCGCAAGGUGAUGGUGAAUGGAGAUAUUCCGCCGCGCGUCAAGAAAGAUGCCCACGCUCUGAUCUUGGAGUUCAUCAGGUCACGGCCGCCAUUGAAGAAGGCCUCGGAACGCCAAUUAGGUCCGCCAUUGAAGGCCACUCCCUCCCCACGUGAACAGCUCAUGGAGUCGAUACGUAAGGGCAAGGAACUGAAGCAAAUCACGCCCCCGCCCCAGCCCAGACUUAAGGAUCGCUGCAUAUGGAAAUCAUUUAGAGGAAAGCUCCAUUUUUUAAGCAAGCUAAAUGUUAUGAGCUGUUGCCGCAAAUCUUUAGAGAAAUCUGCCUGAUUUGACAAAACAAACUGAAUUUAAAUUUGAAGAAAAUCAAAUAUUUUGGUCCGGCUAUGUUCAUUUAAUUAAAAAAUUAUGAAAUGGAAAUUAAAAAAACUCUCUCCCCGUCCAGAAA